GCAGCGCUCUCUGUGUUGUUAACGAUUGUCUGAUGUUCGGUGAUCGCGUAGUAAUUCCAACAACCCUACGUUCCAAAGUCCUACGCCAAUUCCACUCUGGACACCCAGGGAUAAACCGUAUGAAAUCCAUCGCUCGAAGCUAUGCAUAUUGGCCAAAUAUGGACAAGCAGAUUGUCGACUUCGUCAAAAGAUGUUCACAUUGCCAAAAAGCUGCGAAAAAUCCUCUUAAGUUGCCUCCAGUGCCCUGGCCGAAGUCAGAAAAACCCUGGUCGCGAGUGCAUAUUGACUUCACCGGACCCCUAGAUGGUACCACAUAUCUGAUACUGGUUGACUCAUACUCCAAAUGGCCGGAGAUAUUGCCGAUUGCGCCACCCUCUACAACUCGAACCAUCAAACUCCUUAAUCGGAUCUUCGCUCAGCAUGGUCUUCCAGAAACAAUAGUAACAGACAAUGGUUCACAAUUUACAUCUAGCCAAUUCCGAGAAUUUUGCCUGCAAAAUUCGAUCAACCAUGUUCGUUCUCCGCCAUAUCACCCGCAAUCUAAUGGACAAGCUGAAAGGUUCGUUGAUACAUUUAAACGAGCCAUGCUUAAAGCACGAGGGGAGGGGACCACAGAAGAUAUCAUAGAACGAUUCCUAGUUGCGUACCGGACGACCCCG